CUGAAGUAAUCUGACAGAGGUGUGUUCACACUCUACGUUGAACGCCUUUAAAGGGAAAAAAACAACAGUAUUUUUCUCUUGAAUACUCCAGAUAAGUGGCUUGUAGAUUCCAGGUAGCUUGCUAACUAGUAACGUUAGCAAGGAGGCAAAAAAAAAAAGAAAAAAAAAAAUUGGGAGAUACGAGGCAACAAGAGGAGGAGUCCUGUUUUGGAAGAGCUGAUGCAGAUGCCAUGGCCAUAGCCGAGGUAUGGGAGUGACGUGACAGUACUGGUCCUGCUUCCAAACAAAACUCUUAUCAGCAUCAUGUUUUUCUGCUGAAGUCGAGGCAGAACACGCAGAGAAUGGACGAGUCAGUAUUGUUGGAUUUGCUUGAGUGCCCUGUUUGUCUGGAGCGGCUGGAUGCCUCGGCAAAGGUUCUUCCCUGUCAGCACACCUUCUGCCGACGAUGCCUCCAGGGCAUCCUAGGCUCUCGCGGCGAGCUGCGUUGCCCAGAGUGCCGGACAUUGGUGGAAUGUGCUGUGGAUGAACUUCCCAGCAACAUCCUCCUUGUGCGCCUGUUGGACGGCAUCAAGCAGAGGCCUCGGAGGGCUGGUCCUGGGGCUGGAGUCUGCACAAAUGGUACGCCUGGAGCCGUGGCCAGAGCACAUGGCAGUGGAACCAGGGACCAGGGCACCCCAGGAGCACAACCCCAGCGAGCUCAGGCUAAGAGCACCCUUGUCCGGGGUAUACCCCAGCUCCCCUGUGCCAAGGCGCUCUACAACUACGAUGGCAAGGAACCGGGAGACCUCAAGUUCAGCAAGGGCGACAUCAUCAUCCUGCGCCGGCAAGUGGACGAGAACUGGUACCACGGGGAGAUGGGUGGAGUCCACGGCUUCUUCCCCACCAACUUUGUCCAGGUCAUCAAGCCGCUGCCACAACCGCCACCUCAGUGCAAAGCGCUCUAUGACUUUGAGCUGAAAGACAAGGAGGCGGACAAGGACUGUCUGCCCUUCUCCAAGGACGAUAUCCUGACUGUGAUCCGCAGAGUGGAUGAAAAUUGGGCAGAGGGAAUGCUGGGAGACAAAAUUGGAAUUUUUCCCAUCUCAUACGUCGAGUUCAACUCCGCAGCUCGUCAGCUUAUAGAGUUGGACAAGCCGUCGGACUCCAGCGGAGACUCUGGUGAGGGGGCCUCCUCAGGGCCCCAGAGCAACGGCGCCCAGCGGGCAGGGGAGAAGAAGAACAGCAAGAAGCGACAUUCCUUCACCUCUCUCACCAUGUCCCACAAACCCAUGCUAGCUCCUCCCCCUCAGCGUCACUCCAUGGAAAUAAGCGGGCCGGUCCUCAUCAGCUCCAGCAACCCCACAGCAGCCGCCCGGAUCGGAGAGAUCAGUGGGGGGCUUUCCUGCAGCGCACCUUCACAGGUACAUAUUUGCACAACUGGAUUAAUCGUCACCCCGCCCCCUAGUAGUCCGGUUACUACAGCAACUGUCUUCACGUUUCCCUCAGAGACGAGCUACACAUCCAUCCCUGUGGAUGCUCUCCCGCCACCCCCACCUCCUCCCCCACAAUCCUCUGCCGGCGGAGCAGCGUAUUCAUUGGCUGCCGGACAGAGACCCUCCCCCAGCAUAAGUGACCAAAGUGGGAGACAAAGACCCACAGUCUAUGUGGCGAUGUUCCCUUACACUCCCCGGAAGGAGGACGAGCUGGAGCUGAGGAAGGGAGAGAUGUUCCUGGUGCUGGAGCGCUGUCAGGACGGCUGGUUCAAGGGCACCUCCAUGCACACUGGCAAGAUUGGAGUCUUCCCAGGGAACUACAUGAGUCCAGUCAGCAGGACGGCGUCGGGGAGCACUCAGCCCAAAGUGCCCAUGAGUCUGUGCACUCAGGCCGGCAGAGGGGUCACCAUCGUCAGCCCCUCCUCUGCUCCUCUCGGGGCCAUUGUUCCAGGGCCCGACUUCAACAAACCCCUGACUGUGUGCUCCACCGCUGUAGCUGCCAGCUCCCAACCUGUCGCUGUUGUAACAGCGGCUCAGACGGCCACGGGCCAGCAGCCAAAAGUCCCGCUGCACGUCAGCUCCCAGAUGACUGUGAAUCAGGCUCGCAACGCGGCCAGGACAGCUGCGUGUCACAGUCAGGACCGGCCCACAGCAGCAGUGACGCCCAUCCAGUCUGCGACACCUGUAGCCUACCUUCCGCACCUCGCCGUGUGCCCGCAGCCCUCCUCCAGCCCGGCCCAAGGUUGUACCCGGGCCGGGGUGGCGAUGGGCUGCGCCGCUGCUUCUCUGACCCCACCCAAUGUCAGUGCCGCCUCCUUGGAGGGAGAUGCUUUGAGACCUGUGCCUGUCCUCACCGUGCCCGUCGGCCCCGGGAACAGCUCCGCUCUUAAUCCCGUGUCGAACAACGCGGCUCUUUCCUGCAGACUGGACAAGGACGUCAAGAGAGAAAAGAAAAGCCUCCUGAAGCUGUUGUCCUCCAAUAAGAAGAAGUCUCGUCCCUCACCCCCCUCCUCUCCGACCCUUGAGGCGGAACAGACUGCAGCUGGAGAGGCGCUACACGGCGCCGUGGGGCACGACUCCUCCCCUCCCUCCGGCUCCGUCGGCUGCCUGGAGUCUGAACCUGCUGCUGCUGCUGCUGCCGCCGUCGCUUCUGCCUCUUCAUCCUCCUCAUCCUCCUCGGUCCCAGAGUCUUCCCACCGGAAGAGCAGUCCCCUGGACGGCUGUGCUCCUAUCGCUCCUCCUCCUCGCCAGCCGUGCUCCUCUCUUUUAUCCCAACAGCAUGAUGCUCGGCCCAUCAUAUGUGAGAGGUACAGGGUGGUGGUUUCAUAUCCUCCCCAGAGCGAGGCCGAGCUGGAACUGAAGGAGGGCGACAUUGUGUUUGUUCACAGGAAGAGGGAAGACGGCUGGUUCAAAGGCACGCUGCAGAGGAACGGCAGGACCGGACUGUUCCCCGGCAGCUUUGUAGACAGCAUCUAAUAAACACACCGCCGCCGCCACGCCCCGCUGCUCGCCUCGCCACAGUUCAUCACUGUUCAAACCAAACAAGGACAGCACUCAGAGCGCAGCCGGGACAAGACGAUCAGACUGACACUUGAACUGCGGCGCUGGUCACACGAGCGAGAGCGACAGAGAAGAACAGGAAGUGUUGUCAGUGAAAGCACAGUGGACAGAGUUAGAGGAAAGCACACGACUCAUGAACUUUUCCCUUUUGUGUUGGUUAUUUAUAUCUUUGUUAACAAAUCAGCUGUUAAAUGUGUGCCUUGUACUGUUCCUCACUUUAUUGUACAUACGGACACAAAGAUGAUUAGUCCUAAAACAACCCAUAUGAACUAUUGAUAUAGAUAUGUUACGCAUUUUAACUUAUUUCAUAGAUUGGCCUUUUUGUAGUGCAACUCAUGAGGGGCUGGAGCUGGCACAUGCCUUAUGCCACAUUUUACCACAUCAGUGAUUCUUCUCUCCAUUACACUACUGAUAAAGGCCGUUAGCUUUGUUUCGCACUGUCAGCAGACAGGAGAAGGUACGUCAGACACGGCUGAGCAGGCGUCGUCAUCACUCGCGCUGCAGCAGCAGAAAAGGAUUCUUCCCCAGCUCCACAGCCGUUACCUCAACCCCGAGGAUCAUGGGAGAGAUCUGCCGUAUUGCACAUGUGGGCACACGAGCUACGAUGCACAGCCAUGUGAACAUUGCACAUCUGAAAAUAUUUCUCUGGGCCAAUCAGAGGGCCUCCAGCUUUUCUCCUGGUGCGGCUGAAGACAGUUACCUGCAGUGAUCAAGUAUUUGCAUGUGAUUAGUGAAGCCUCCUGCGGCAGACAGAGUGAAGAUGGGUGUGUUGCAGGAUGUGAAAAACACACACACACACACACACACACACACACAUAAACACACACUCCAAACAGACUGCAGUCAGACUUUAUUUACUUUCUACCUUCUUUGUAUUCACUGACCAGAGUAGCUGCUCUCCUCACCCCCGUCUCCAAACCCAGACGUAGCUCUCCAUCACGGGAGCGACAUCACAUUUCAGCAACGGUGCACAACAGAUUCUUUUCAGUUUAUGUAUUUAUGUCGGUCACAGUUUCAGACACCUGCUGCUCGUAGAGAGUCUCUCUUACAACCAACCAGGACACGCAGUAAGGCACGCAGACACCCUUCAGCAGGCUCUCAGUUGUUGGACACUAUAACUCAUUCCUAAUGUGACUUGUGGCAAUAAAAACACAGCUAGCUAAAGCACAGAAUGUUUGCCUAGAGUAACAUAUCAUUGCUUCACUCCACAGGGAGAGGUGUGUAGUGUCAUUCUGUUGAACCUGGAAAAGGUAGAGUUUUUAUUGAAAUCAAUCACUUUGACCCCCUUGAUUUUUUUUAAUUUUAUUUUUCUUAAAUGUCGUUUUGUGGUUGGGCUUUUCGUUGUUGUACAUUUCGUCUUUACAAAGUCUUUAAUGUUCAGUGUUGUAUUGACUUGAAUUACUGUAAGAUUUCUUUGUGAUUGGAGGGUUUGGUGCUCGUUAAACAGAAAGAAUGGUCAGUUUUAGAAUUAAUAACUUUUUAUCAAAGAACAUGUCACAACGUAAUUCCUCUUUUGCUUUUAUUCAGUAUCAUUAAUGACUGACCUCUGACUGACCUGAAGUCCUAUCAGGGGGCAUUUAACACUUGAGAGUUGAGGCAAUCACUGAAUUUUGCCAAAUCUGGCUCUGAGAAUGAAUUUACCCAGUUUUUCUUUUUUUUUUUUCUUUUAGUCUUUUGUUGUAAACUGAGGGGACCACUGUGUAACUGACUGCUGGAAUAUGUUGUAGUUUGUUUGUAAUUUGGAAAAGGAUGGUACGAAUCACUGUUAGGGCCUUUUUGUUUUUUUUGUAUUUCUGAAUUGGUACUUGCGUAGAAUGAACCUGAUGUAUUGUUGUCAUGGCGAUCACCACACCAACCUCAGGCUCUACGCUAAAACCGCUCCUCUGAGUGUCUUCUCAUUUCACUGGUAAGCCUUUAAUUUACGCAUCAGACUUACUUCAACACACACGCACUCAUUUCCGCACCUUUGUGCACAUAACAUUUCUAAUCAGACUGACUUUAUCGUCCAUGUUUUUCAUGCGUAGGCUGCACAGUUUCAGACUCAUGGAACAUGAAGCAUUUCUCACAAGGUAGUAAACUAUAUUUUCAUUUAUUGGAACAUAAGGCAACUUAAGUUUGCUUGAUUCAACUUAACAGAUUUUCCUCAUGCCAAGGUGACUUACUUGAUUUUUUUUUUUUGUUUUUGGUCUGUAGUUAGUCUGUUGUAUGUCUGAAAAUGGUGAAACUGAAAUCAACCUAUUGGCACAAGUCUAUCAUGUGAAAAACAUUCUGAAGUACUUUAGGGAAUAGCACAUUUUGUAAAAAUCUCUAUAACAAU